AUGGCUGUGGCACAGAGUCAGAUAAAAGGACCACGAGGACUGCAAGGCGAUGCUGGGCCUCCUGGAGAAAUGGGUGCUGAGGGACCUUCAGGUAUUGAGGGAGAGUCUGGUCUGCAAGGAGAGCCAGGUGCAAAGGGAGAUGUUGGACCUGCAGGCACUGCUGGAGUUACUGGGGAGCCAGGGUUACGGGGUGAGCCUGGAGCUCCUGGAGAAGAAGGUCUCCAAGGAAAAGAUGGAUUAAAGGGGAGCCCAGGAGGAAGGGGACUUCCUGGAGAGGAUGGAGAAAAUGGAGAUACAGGCUUACCAGGGGCUGUAGGACCCUUGGGUAGACCAGGUCUAAUGGGCCCUCCG